CUUUCUUCAUGGUCUAAGACAUUUCAAACACAAAUGACUUCUUGUUUUUCUAGAAGCUAUAUUUGGCAUACUUAUCUUUGAACAUCUUAGAAGAAUACAAAAGAGUAAUAUAAAGAAAAGAAAAUUCAAAAAUGAAUGAAUGAAUGUUUGUCAGUGUCACAAGUCACUGUUUUUUUACUGUAGAGUAUAAUACACGGAAUCAUUAAGCAGCCCUUCAAGUGUAGUUGUUAAUUGUCUGAUUUUGUUCUUCUUUUUGAGAGUCUAGUCCGGUGUUCUGUUUCACCAAAUGAAAAACAUGUAUGAUGCUAUACAUGGAAAAGUAUUAAUGAGCAGCAAGUUCAAUAUCUACUCUAUCAAAGUCUUGGAUUUCACCAUCACUUUGAAUCAAGUUUCAUCUCUUAGUCAAUCAUACUGUCAUCAUUAGUUAGUCAAGAGAAAACACCACCUCAUUUCCAUUUAUAUCAUCAUAGUAACCAACCCUUCUUCAAGUCCUGAACACUCUUUUACACAUCCUCCAUCUCCUCUUAGCUUAGUAGAGAGACUAAGUAAAAACAAUGUCACUCUUGCACUCCGGGGAUGUUGAAGAGAUUGAGAUGCUAGACUUCUUCUCACAGUGCCAGCAGAAAGAUGAAGCUGAUGAUGUGUUAUUAAUGGCUCAUGGGGACUCAAACAUCAAUACUGAACUGCAACUCUUGACCAUGAACUCAUGUGACAGUAAACAUGCAGAAAUAGAAAAGAAGGAGAAAAACAGUAACAAGCUGCAGUUAAUAUCACUUCAAGCUGAACUAGAAAGAGUGAGCAAUCAGAACAUGAAGUUGAGGAGUAUGUUGGAUGUAGUCUUGAAGAAUUACAGUUCUCUACAAAACAAGUUGCUUCUUGUUAAGCAGCAAAAGUCUCAAGUUGAAGAACAUGAUGACUACCAGGAUGACAUGAAUGAAGAUACAAGUCCUGUGCCAUCUGGUGAUGAAGAUGAAGAACAAACCUUUACAAAAAAGAGACCAUGGGGAACUAGCAAGAACAUAAAGUAUUACAGUAAACAAGCUUCAUCUGUGGCAUGCCGGAAAGUAAGAGUGGCUGUCCGGGCUCGGUCUGAAGCUGCAAUGAUUGGUGAUGGAUGUCAAUGGAGGAAGUAUGGACAGAAGUUGGCAAAGGGUAAUCCUUGUCCUAAAGCUUAUUACAAGUGCACUGUGGGAUCUACCUGCCCAGUUAGAAAACAGGUGCAGAGAUGUGCAGAAGACAAGAGCAUAUUGAUAACAACUUAUGAAGGUAAACACAACCACUCACUGCCUCAAGCAGCCAUUUCUAUGGCAAACACCACCACGGCUGCCGCCACCAUGCUCCUCUCCGGCUCCAUCACUACUGCAAACAAACCAUCCAUUAAUUCUAACCUUAAUUUAUUCCACUCAAUAAUACCCAACAUUGCCUCAACACUUACAUUCCCAAAUACUCUGACGCUUGAUCUCACCCAGAAACCACGUUGCUCAUCACAGAUACUGUAGUCUAGUAUCUCUUUAUAAAUGUUUGGGAUCAAUGUCUCAGUGUGAUUAACAUAAUCAAUAUAAUGUUGAUCAAGUCCUAGUAUUGGAAGCUUGUUUGUAUUAGUCAUGAUUAAUAUGGUAAAAUCUCAGAGGAUUUAUGAUGUCCCAAGUGAUUUCAAACAAUAUACUGCAAUAAUAUAUCAUGCAAACAAAUUGACUGAGCAAAAUCAAAUGAUUCCUCCAAGCAUGUUAUGUACUUGAUUAAUGGAUGGAAUGAAAAUAAUACAUGCAUACCUUUUUGGCUGAAAAUUUACAUCGGAAUAAGCUCAUCUUUCUGGGCAGCUGAAGGACGAAAAUUUUCAUAAAUUGUUAAUAUUCAAGAAUAAGAAUCAUUCUUUUCUUUGAGAGAGUUCGAGGACACUACAAAACAUCUUUACUAGUACAAUAGUAACUUCAGUAACAGUAACAGUAUAUUUUUUCCCCUGGAAACAGGAACUAGUCCUAACUAAUACAAGAGCAGAGUUAGAAAAGUCACUACUUGUAAUAAUACAUUAACUAAAGUAGAUAGAAUUUAGAUAUUUUGAAGGGAAUAUAUAAUCAGGCAUUAAUCAACCUGUCAUAAUCCGACAUUAUCUGAAAAUAUUUCUUUGAUUAGUGAGCCUCAUCCCCAUCCUCCUGAUCAUCAUGUGGGCAUGGGCAUGCAUACUCAGCUCUGCUCCAAUUCAAUACAUGAAAAAACAUUAAACAUCACACAAUAAACUAAUAACUAAAUGAAUUAAGGAACUGAGUAGAAGAUACACAGAUAUCUGGAAAGAGGAGCAUAGUUGUGGAAAAGGAUACAGUAGAGGAGGUUUCCAAGCUGAUGUGAAGGAGAAGGAGAAGAGAAGGAGAAGACAAAGAUUAUAAUCCAAUUCAAUAGGCCGCUUAUUUACUUACAAUGAUUAUAAUCCAAAGACAAUAACACAUUAUAAUCUAAAGACAAUAACACAUUGAUGUAUAUAUACAAACCACUAACUAUUUUCUUUUCCAUUAAUUCGUUUAUAAAAUAACCAAGACCACAAGUAAUUAGAUAAUUCAAUCCAGAAGCAUUAGUAAAAAAA